AUGAAGAGACGAAAAUACGAAAAAAAACCAUUAGUCCCAUUGCUGAACUUUGGUUGCCAAGACUUUAUGCCGAAGAUGGCAACGUGUACAUUGCCGCUGCGUAAUAUCUGCGAACUGGAGCCUAUCUCCGACGUAGUGUGUGAAGAUGGGUACAAAUCUCUGAUCAACAACGAGGCAUUCAAUGAAUUCUUGAAGAGAUACAUUGAUCAUUUUGAGGAGGCUUCCAAGAUUGAACAACCCAUCGUUUCCUUAGAGAUUUUAGAAUCCUGGCGACGAGAAAAAAAUGGCCGCUUUGUCAAGAAUGACGAAGAAAGGCGCCUUUGGCAUGAUAUUGGGGACAAGAAAGCUAGGCAAUACAUUACCAAGGCGCUGAAGCAAAUCUCAAAAUCUAAUUCAAAAGUUUCCGACAACACUGACAGAGACGUCAUCGAGGGAACAACAUCAUGCACAAGUGAAGAUACAGCGGCAACCGAGACUUCGUCACAAUCAUCCAAUCUUAAGGGUUCCUCCUUGAUGCCAGUAGCCCCAUUGGCAUCCGCAGAAGCUGAGGACCAAAACAGACAGGAGUUUAGGUGUAUAGAAAUAAAUCCAAAAUCGAAGGAUCGCCUCUACGGCCGAGCACAAGAGCAAAGUAAUCUAAACGUUCUGUACGAACAAUCAGUGACACGGAUGGAUGGUCUUUCCAACUUCUUGGUUCUUUCUGGAGAACCUGGCAUUGGGAAAACGGCUCUGGCACAAUCGUUGCAACCAACUGUCGUCGAGAACAAUGGUUUCUUCGUGCAGGCGAAGUUUGAGCAACUAACAGUUGACGACUCUCUGGCUGCAUACAUCUCUGUAUUUGGCGAUUUUUGCCAAAGUAUCCUGGAUAUGAACGACAAAAGAAUACAAAGGAUGCAUGUCGAGAAAAUUACCAACUUGAUGGAGUACCUCCUUGAAGAUAGCAUUGCGGUAUCUGUUGUUCCGGCACUCGGUGAGGUUCUCAAACUUGCCAGCAAUUCGGCAAAAUAUCAACAUUCGGAAUUGUCUUCCAUCCAUGAAAGUAUCUCUGGUGACGAAAAAGAUGAAAAGCAAAAGCAGCAGGUGCCAGUGCAUGUAUCCUAUUCAAGUGCGCGAUUGAAGUUCUGCUUUUCAAAGAUAUUGAAAUCAACAGUCUGCAAAGAGUAUCCGCUGGUGGUGCUACUGGAUGAUGUCCAAUAUGCUUCGUCCCCAGUUGCAUUUCGAGACUUCCUGACGGAUUUGGUGGACCACCGAGAGGGUUUAUUCUUCAUCGCUACAUAUCGUACUGGUCUUGGUACAAGCUCUUUGUCGUUCGAUCAGCUGACAUCGGCUCUAAGCCAAGACGCGGUCAAUUUACAUCAUUGGGAAGUAAAUGGUUUGACUCCACAAGCCGUCCAUGAACUCAUGGCUGAUAAAAUCUCCUUGGAACUCCCAAAGCUUGACAACUUUAGCUCCGACCUUUUCUACUUGACUGGAGGCAAUGCUUUGUUCCUUCUUGAGCUGCUUCGAUCCUUUCAGGAUGAUGGCAUUUUGAAAUACGACAGCGGAAGUGGCCAGUGGAUUUGUGAUAAUCAUUUGCUCUCUCACCAUCCAUCGAUGCAAAUAAACUCCCUGGGUGAGUUUUACCAAACGAAGAUAGCAGAACUGCCCCAGCCAGCACAGGAAACACUGAAAAUUGCAUCUAUCCUGGGUCCUUCGUUUUCGAAGAAGAUUGUAGACAAAGUUUCAAAACACUCACAAGCCGCUGAUUCACUCGUGAUGGCAACCAAAGUGGGACUUGUGAUCAAAAAAAGCGACGGAAUCCUUUCAUUUCGGCACGACAGUAUCCACACUGCAACAUACAGCCUUAUCCCGGAUAACGAGAAGUCGAUUGUCGCGCUGGCACUGGGGCGAAGACUAUUGAGGAAAGCAGGGGAGAAAGGGAUCAACAAAUACACUGCUGAUAUCAUCAGCUUGUUUUACAGGGGACGAGACGAGCUUACCGGAACCUCUUCUUCGUCAGAUAUAGCAUCUGUAGCCACACUAUGCCUUCAAGCGUCGAAAGCGGCAGCAACAUCUAUAGGCUUUCAUUCUUCAAUUUUCUUUGUCGAUUUUGGGAUUGAGCUUUUAGAGCACGCCGGGAAAUGGAAGGACAACUACGACUUAUGCCUGUCGUUACAUAACAACGCAGUGGAUAUCCAUUAUGGCGUUGGGCAAUUCGACAAAGUAGAAGAGCUUGUGGGUGAGGUACUUGAAAACGCUAUGUGCUUUGAAGAUACGGUUCAAGCGAGGAUGAUGAAGGUUUACACACUGGGUACAAGAAAGCAGCUCGUUGAAGCUUUAGAAUAUGGUUUGGAGACAUUGACACUCCUUGGGGAUCCCAUUCCAGCUUUUCCAACAAAUGUGCAAAUUGGGUUAGCCGUUGCACGUACAAAACGUCGCCUGAAGAAAAAAUCGGAUGCAGCCCUGCUAAGGAUACCUACACUGGCCGACAAGAAGAAGAUUGAAGUAAUGAUGGCGUUGCAAAUCUUGUUUCUGAAUGCUUACUUCGCGAGACCGUCUCUAGCUGUCCUCAUAUGUUGUCGCAUCAUCGAUAUCACACUGAAACAUGGAGCAUGUGCAGUCUCAAGUGUUGGCUUUGCUGGGUAUUCAGUUGUUGUGGCACGUGGUGGCAUCAAUAUCGAAGAGGGUUACAAAUUCGGGAAGAAUGCACUUGCGUUUUCUCAGAAAUUUGGAGGGGACGUCUGGGAAUGCAGGGUUGCGGCUGCCGUUUAUGGAUGCAUCAAUCUUUGGAAAGAGCCAUUGCAGCCAUGUCUCGACGAAUUGAAGAAAGCUUAUCUCCUUGGCCUUGGCAGUGGAGAUAUCGAAUACGCAGUUCUAAAUGCUUCCUUAUACAUCUGGAAUAUCUUCGAAUACAUGUCCGUUGACCAGCUCGAGCUCGCUAUUCGUAAUCUGUUUGAACGAAUGGCUGUGCUAAAUCAGGAAAGAUCUUUGCUAUCACUGAAACCGGCUUGGCAAAUGUGUCAAAACUUCCUCGGACGCAACCAUAAUCCAAAGUAUCUGCUGGGCGAGGCCUUGACACGGGAGGAUCUUGCUGAUUCGGUCUAUAUCGAUAACCAUUAUGAACUCCGAAGUUCUAUAGGCGCAGAUGAAAUGGUAAUGGCGUAUCAUUUUUCCGAUUAUGCAAUGGCAGAAGCUCGAUUACCUUGCGCAGUCCUACUCUACAACAAUGUGAGCACUAUAAGUGCUGCGAAUGCCCGAAUGUAUCAUGCAUUAAUUCUUUUGGCAACGACCAAAAAGAGCAACUGGAGACGGAUUCGGAAGGUCAAAUGGCUGCUAAAAAGAUUUCGAAAAUGGUCCAAAUCUUGUCCAGAGAACUUCUUGGGGAGGCAAUUCCUUGUGGAAGCAGAAUUAGCUGGCGUCCAAAACAAGGUAGAAAAAGCGUGUGCGAAAUUCUACCUUGCAAUCAUUCAAUUCCGAGACUCCCGUUGUCUGCUAUAUGAAGCUCUCGCGAACGAAAGAGCUGGUAAAUUUUGCGCUUCCAUCGGAGAUAAGGGCAAAGCAAGCAAAUUUCUGAACGAAGCUCUGAAAGUGUACAAAUAUUGGGGUGCGGUAGCGAAGUGUGAACAUCUCAAGUCGGAAAUGCAGACUUCAAUAAUGUGUCUGACAUGUAACACUUAG